GCGGGUGGGUGGUGGACCGUCUUCCUUGGGUAAGGCAGGAAGGAAGGCUCUAGUAGGGAGCCGUUGGGUCGUCCGGGGUUUCUUCGUACGUGUGUGUGUGUGUAUACGCGCGCUAGUGAGGGAACGAGGCGUUCAGGCAGCGCGUGGGGCUUCUCUUUCGGGGCCUUCGGGGGUGAGAGGUCGUUGCCGCCGCCGCCGCCGCCAGGGUGCCUGGAAGAGGAAAGAGAGCGGCGUGCGCUUCGCGGGGCCGCCGGCGACGAGGAGCAGCAGCCGUGGGUGCCGGCGGUGGCGGGCUCCCUUCCUUCCUUCCUCGGCCGCUCCAGCCAUGUCCUACUGCAGGCAAGAGGGAAAGGACAGAAUUAUAUUUGUGACCAAAGAGGACCAUGAAACACCAAGCAGUGCUGAACUGGUAGCAGAUGACCCCAAUGAUCCUUAUGAAGACCAUGGUUUGAUAUUGCCAAAUGGAGAUAUCAACUGGAACUGUCCUUGCCUGGGCGGAAUGGCUAGUGGUCCUUGUGGGGAACAAUUCAAGUCAGCUUUUUCCUGUUUCCAUUAUAGCAAGGAAGAAAUAAAAGGAUCGGAUUGUGUGGACCACUUUCGUGCAAUGCAAGAGUGUAUGCAGAAGUACCCAGAUUUGUACCCCCAAGAAGAUGAUGAAGAAGAAGAAGAAGAAGAAAAGCAGAGCAAAGAUUUAGAAACUACUCCUGCUGUGAGCAAAGAGAAGGAGGGAUCUAGCUAAUGAAGCUGAAUGGAGGCAGCAGUCUCCUUUCUAUCUUCAGAGACACAUAAACUUAUGCAGGGUAUCUUCUCUCCCCUUCCUCUUUCACCUCCAUUCCUCCUGGUCCCAUAAUGGCUGUACAGUGCUCCAUUUGCUAUAUCGUGUGAAAUACAUUGUUACAAAGAAGGACAUCUCAGACCCGCAGCCUGAGCUGAUGCCACAAAGAUAUCAUGGCUGAACAAAAUCAUACGCAGUCAGUGCCACGGCUUUAACCAUCAUUUUGUUAAGUUUGCAGGUUUGAUUUGAACAGGCCCAGGAGAAGGUGGAACCAAUAACACAGUGAAGAAAAAAGGUGCAAGCGUAUUGAAUCAAUUAAGAUAAAUUUCAAUUGUUGUCUGACUUGGAUGUUUCCUAUGCUAGAAAAGAGCAUAAAAUGCUUCCUCAAACCCACCAGGGAAUUUAAAAAACUGAUGAGAACAUGCACAAGUUUUCAGUUUUACAAUCAGUUUGAUUUAAUAGCAUGUACUAUUUGCAUAUACUACUGAGUUCUAGUAAUGGAAAGCUAAUGAUAGCAUGUGUUUAAGGGAGUGGGAUGAAUGUCACAGGUCUGAAUUUUCCAUUUUUUAAGGUGCAUUGACGAAUUCUUUAUGUAACUUGAGCUGAAUCCUGAAGACCACUGACCACUGUGCUCCUUAAUAUUCACACCAAAUCCUGUUUUGUGGGGUUAUCUCUGUUCAACCCUGUCCAUUCUACAGAUAGGUUGACAAAAUCGACACCCUUGGUGGGGGAAUUAUGUUACCUUGCAUAACAGGCUCUUAACUAUGAUUUGAGUGUACAUUAAAGGCAAAAGCUUUCUACCUUC